GCCUUUUUUUUUUCUUCCCUGCCUAAACUCCUCUGUCAGUCUGUAAACAUUACCUGAGAAUUCCCCAGCCGAAACGGCUGCUGGGGCAAGAAACUUCUUGUUAGAACUUUCCACCUCCGGCUUCGCCUCCACCUCCCGUACCGUCCCAACCUUCUGAGACGCUUUUUCUCCUCCAGAGGAGGAUUCAUCUUUUUUUUUUCCCCCCCACCCUGUGCUUUGCAUUUGGGAAGAGGUGAUUUCAAGAGUGGCCAGGUGGGACGCCUCUCUCCUCCUUAUUCGGUUUAUUUAUUGUUGUUUGUGGUGUUUUCUUUUUUUUAAAUCCUGUUUUGUUCGGUCCGGGGAGUUUCGCCCCCUGCCCGGCUCCGCGGCGCGGAGGAUGGUGUGGAAAUGGCUGGGCGCCUUGGUGGUGUUCCCUCUGCAGAUGAUCUAUCUGGUGGCGAAAGCAGCCGUCGGACUGGUGCUGCCCGCCAAGCUGCGGGACCUGUCGCGGGAGAACGUCCUCAUCACCGGCGGCGGGAGAGGAAUCGGCCGACAGCUCGCCCGCGAGUUCGCAGAGCGCGGCGCCAGAAAGAUUGUUCUCUGGGGCCGGACCGAGAAAUGCCUGAAGGAGACGACGGAGGAGAUUCGGCAGAUGGGCACCGAGUGCCACUACUUCAUCUGCGACGUGGGCAACCGGGAGGAGGUGUACCAGACGGCCAAGGCUGUCCGGGAGAAGGUGGGUGACAUCACCAUCCUGGUGAACAACGCCGCCGUGGUCCACGGGAAGAGCCUGAUGGACAGUGACGACGACGCCCUCCUCAAGUCCCAGCACAUCAACACCCUGGGCCAGUUCUGGACCACCAAGGCCUUCCUGCCGCGCAUGCUGGAGCUGCAGAACGGCCACAUCGUGUGCCUCAACUCCGUGCUGGCGCUGUCUGCCAUCCCCGGUGCCAUCGACUACUGCACGUCCAAAGCGUCGGCCUUCGCCUUCAUGGAGAGCCUGACCCUGGGGCUGCUGGACUGUCCGGGCGUCAGUGCCACCACGGUGCUGCCCUUCCACACCAGCACCGAGAUGUUCCAGGGCAUGAGGGUCAGGUUUCCCAACCUCUUCCCCCCACUGAAGCCGGAGACGGUGGCCCGGCGGACGGUGGAAGCCGUGCAGCUCAACCAGGCCCUGCUGCUGCUGCCGUGGACCAUGCACGCCCUCGUCAUCUUGAAAAGCAUACUCCCACAGGCUGCACUCGAGGAGAUCCACAAAUUCUCAGGAACCUACACCUGCAUGAACACUUUCAAAGGGCGGACAUAGAGGCGAGACAGAGACACACUCGAGGAGCCACAGAGCCGGAGGGGGCCACGGCACCUGGGCACACACCCACACGCCUGUCUGUCGGCACAUUGUGCUGGGUGAGCAGGACGGCUCCUGUCCCCAGGGAAGAAUCUGGCUGCCCCUCCCAGGCCAGCCCCAGGACCUUUGCACAGGACUGAUGGGUGUAACUCUGACCCCCAUGGGGAGGUGAGAAACCAGCCAGCAGCCACCUUGACACUUUUGUACAUUUCUAAUUCUGUAGAGUUUAUUGUUCAAUCGCUUCUCAAGUCUAACCAGCCUCAGCAGUGUGCAUAGACUAUUUCCAGGAGGGUCUGUCCCCAGAUGCUCCGCCUCCCCCUCCAAAACCCACUCAUCUUCAGCUUGCGCAAACUGGUUGAACGGCAGGAAUGAAAAAUAAAGAGAAAUGGCUUUUGUGA